AUGGAUCUUCAGCAUCGUGUUAAAGCGUACCGCUUUGUCGCCUACGCGGCAGUCACAUUCUCCGUGGUCGCAGUCCUUUCGGUCUGUGUCACAUUGCCCAUGGUCUACAACUAUGUCCAUCAUGUGAAGAAGACCAUGCACAACGAGAUUAACUUCUGCACGGAGUCUGCAAAGGAUAUUUGGAGCGAGGUGAAACAUCUUAAGGCCAUUCCUGCCGUGAACAGAACUGCUCGUCAGGCUGGAUACGGUGACGCCGGAGUGGGUGGAGGAUCCGCCAGUGCAGGCGGUAGCUGUGAGUCUUGCUGUCUUCCAGGACCUGCUGGACCAGCUGGAACACCCGGUCAGCCUGGUCGCCCAGGAAAGCCCGGAGCACCUGGACUUCCAGGAAACCCAGGACGCCCACCACAGCAGCCAUGUGACCCAGUCACUCCUCCUCCAUGCAAGCCAUGCCCACAAGGACCACCCGGACCUCCAGGACCUCCAGGACCUGAUGGAGAUGCUGGACUUGAUGGAGCUCCUGGCGCACCCGGACAAGAUGCAGCUCCCGGAGAACCUGGACCCAAAGGACCACCUGGACCUGACGGAAACCCUGGUACUCCUGGUGCGGAUGGACAACCCGGAGCUGACGCUGUCUCUGAGCCACUCGUUCCUGGAGAGCCUGGACCAGCUGGUGAAGCUGGACCUCAAGGACCACCUGGACCUGAUGGACAGCCUGGACAACCCGGCACUGACGGUGAACCAGGACCAAAAGGAGAGAAUGGACCCGAUGGUCAACCUGGUGUCGAUGGAAACCCGGGUACUCCUGGAGAACCUGGACCAGCUGGAGGUGCCGGCGAGCCCGGAAUUUGCCCCAAAUACUGCGCCAUCGACGGAGGUGUUUUCUUCGAAGAUGGAACUCGCCGCUAA